GACGCAAGCAGGUAAACCAAACCAGUUAUCACUGUAAAUUGUAUACAAUUCCAUUCCAUACUGGCAACAAUGGUUGGCCAAAUAAGUAUAGUAAUCCAAUCCAGCAGAGAGCUUGUUUUUCAGUUCACAUUAAGUUUUAACAACCUCGCACAACACCAAUAAAUGAUUUCUUGUGGUACUCUUUAAUACGUAGUACGUCAGUCAGUUCAGUGGUCAACGUGUAAAAAGUAUGCAAAAAUUUCCCAAACGGUUGAGUUAAUAAUCAUACAUGAAAUUCAUAGCAGCGUUGUUUCAUAGUCUGUGAUCUUCAGUUCAUUGCUUGGCAAUGCUACAUAUGCGCCUUGUCGACCUCGACUUACUUGGUCCACUGCACACUUGACUUUUGAGUCCAAGUCUAAUUGCUGUUAAAAAGUGUCGUAAUAAAUACAUACAAGAAGCAAGUGGUGGAAGAGGCGAUGUAAAAUAAAAUAUAAUAAAAUAAUUAGUUAGUUAAUUAUUAAAUAAAAUAAGAAUAAUAAAUGAACAAUGUCAAAUAAAGUGCCAAAUAGUUCGAAGGAUAAGAAACACGUUCCACCCGUCUCAUUUUGCAGUUCGAUAUCUUCAAACGGGCUCGAAACACAUAAAGUAGAGACUGAAGACGGCUACAUUUUAGGUUUGUUUCGACUGAAAGAUUUCGAUAAGGGGGACGAUGGCGGUGGUGGCGAGUCUGGAGAAAAAUGUGACGAUGGAUCCACGACAAAUAAUAAGUUGCCCCCAGUCCUUAUGAUUCCGGGGAUGUUCAAUGAUGGAUUGGAGUGGCUACUCCUUGAACGAGAGGGCAGAGCAAUUCCAAACAUACUGGCCAAGCAAGGAUUUGACUGUUGGAUGGGUACAAAUCGCGGCACGCCUCACUCUAAAGGACACACCAGUUUGAAAACGAGUUCUAAAAAGUUUUGGGAUUUUGGAUUUGACGAGAUGAGCAAAUAUGACAUUCCAGCUCUUAUCGACUAUAUUCUAAAAGUCACUGGAAGUAAAGAUUUAUUUUUUCUCGGAUACUCAAUGGGAGGUGCCAUGAUACUAUCAACGCUAUGUUUGAGACCAGAAUAUCACAAAAAGGUCCGCGCCGUGGCGGCGAUGGCUCCCGGAGUGUACGGUCAUGACUUUAAAACAUCCACGGUCAAAUUCGGAGUGCCAUUAGUUGCACGUGCGCGGUCCAAAUUCGUCUAUCGACGUCCGAUUGGGACAAAAUCCGUGAAUGACAUAGUGAACAUGGUCAUCCCAUCGUUUACCAAAAUCAACAGGGAAAGUUUGGCAGGCAGUUGGAUGAAAUUACUGGGGCGAAUGGGUGGUUCUAUCGGGGCGGGGUGUAGGACUGAUCGGGAGAUGUACAAUCGCCUCGCUGAACACAUGCCAGCCCCAACUUCGAUAAAAUAUGCGGUCCAUGUCGCCCAAAUGUUUAGUUCGAAAAAGUUCCAGAUGUUUGACUACGGCCGGGCGGGAAACUUGAAGAGGCACGGAACACCGAAACCCCCCAAAUACGAUUUGGGGAAAGUGACCGUGCCAGUCGCCACUUUCACGGCGGACCACGACUGUCUCAUCCCUGCCAAGGGCGUCCUGCGAAUAUCUGCGGAGCUUCCUAACCUCAUCUCUCACACAGUUAUCUCCUACCCCAAGUUUUCCCACUGCGACUUUAUCCUCGGGAGGGAUGUGCAUUUACUCGUGUAUCCAAAAAUUGUCCAGAUUUUUAAGAAAUAUUCCAACCUCCCAACCAGCCCUAUAAUAAACAGAGACAUUGAUACCAAAACCAUGUCAGAGCCAAAUGAUACAAAUGAUGCGAGCACUACCGUUACAGUUACCGCGUUAUAAAUCCUACUUGUUAAAUUGUAUUAGGUUUUAUUGUUAAUUAAAUAAAGUUCGUAAAGGUGAAAGCAAG